GCGGCCUCAGUUCUCUCCCUUCGUGUGGUGGCCAGCAGGUGUGAUAACAGUGGUAGCGACUUUCGUUUUGUUAUCAGUACUAGUAACUGUUCAUAUUUUGGAUACCUCACGUCUUGCUGAUAAAUUUGUCACCAUGUCAGAUCCUAAACAAGAGGAACCUAUGGACCAGGCACCGUCCGCGUCGAAAAAUCGAAAGAAGGCAGCUCCACCCGCCUCCAAGUCCAAAAAGGCAAAAGCUUCUGACAAGAAACCUGCAAAUCAUCCCAAGUACAGCGACAUGAUUCGCCAGGCUGCGGCAGCUCUGCACGACCGAGGGGGUUCGUCUCGACAGGCCUUACUUAAAUACAUCGUGGCCAACUUUGAUGUGGGGAAUGACACUAAAACCAUAAAUAACCACCUGAAGAUGGCUCUGCGUGCUGGCGUCAAGAAUGGUACCUUGCAGCAGUCAAAAGGUACCGGUGCAUCGGGCUCCUUCAAGGUGGGAGUGAAAGUGAAAGCGAGUGGUGCUGACGGUAGAGUAAAGAAGCCAAAAGCUAUUAAGACUGUCAAAUCUCCUGUAAAAGCCAAGGCAAAAGCACCAAAGACACCAUCCAGUCCUGCCGCGAAAAAGACAAAAGCCCCUAAGACAGCAGCCAAGAAACCCAAAGCUGAGAAACCAGCCACUGCUACAAAGAAGGCCAAACCUUCAUCAAAGGCAACAAAGGUGCGAGAAUCUAAACCUUCCAAAUCACAGAAAGUAGCACCUGCAAAAUCUGCGGAGACAGUCAAGCCUGCUAAACCAGAACCAGUCAAACCAGCACCUAAACCAAAGGCAACGAAGGCUGCAGCUAAGAAACCUGCCAAGGGCAAGAAAGCAGCAGCUGAGGCUUCCAGUUCCAAAGAUCAGCAGGCCCCUGAGGCACCAGAAGCAGAGUUGGCAUCAGCUGAGGCAUCGUCAACCAAGGAAGCAACUGCAAGUGAUGAGAUAACUCCAAAGAGUUUGGAGUCUACUCCUUCAGGCGAAACCUCUGGAGCAGAAUCUGCUGCUCCCACAGACAGUCAGUCAUCUGCACCAUCUGUUGAGCCAGCAUCUGAUGACACAACUACAGGGAAAGGUGCAGGCAAGCCAAAGAUGUCAAGAAGGGGUCGAAAAGGUGCUAAGAAUGCAGCCCAGAGGUGAGAAAGUACAGACAUUAUGUGCAUGUGGACAGAAACUGGCUAUGCAUUUGACAAGUGCAUUCAAUUUGUGUCACAGGCAAAUGUUAAAUUUUUGUCUUUCAUAACAAGGGACUUAAUCCUUUAAUACUUUCAAGUUAUGUGCAAGUGACAUGCUUUUCAUGCAUUGAAACAUGGACAAUCACUGCAAGUCUUGAAAAAGCUCUUGUGGAUGUGAUAUUUUGCUAGUGUUGGCAGCUUGGAAAUCCAUGGGAUUUAUGUCCUAAAAGUGAUUGUGGGUGACCCAACAUGUGUUUGCUUUAUCCCUGAUGACAUGUUACUAAAACUGGAAAUUUCGACAAGUAUUACUGCCUCCAAAAAAGUAUUUCUUGAUGCAUGAACGCAUGAGUCAGUCCAUAAUAAAAUGUUUGAAGUUGUUUAA